UGAGCUACUUGAAAGGCUCUAACAACACGGAGGCCAGGCUUAGUAACACGGCCAGGGGAAGGCUAGCAACCAUCCAGAAGGGACAAAUAAAUAUUCAGCCUCAGUUUUCCUCCUGGGAGGGAGGCAUCACGACCUGCAGCACAAAAUUGUAUUGAGGGAAAUGGCAGGGAAAGCUGUGCCCGUGACGUCGUGGUGACCACCUGUGCUCGUUCUUACCUUGGAGUGAAACUGCAGCUUUUCUCUCCUUCUCGCGGGUUCUCCCAGUCUUGUAUUAAUGUUUUUUAAUAAUGGAAUUAUUCUCCUGUGAAGAUGGUGGAGGGGAAAGAAUGACCACUGAAAGCCUACCUGCCUUCAUUUAGCUUUUUAACCUGGUUUUGCCUGCCUGCUCUUCCAGGAGACUACUAUGAUGGCAGAUCCUUCAGUGGUGGACCACCUGACACGACUGAAACUCAAACUCCUGGAAAAGAGACUAAAAAAUGAACAGGAGAACCUGGAAAAGAUGGAGUCAUCUCUCCCAGCUGCAAGGAACAGACCUGAGGACAUGCUCCAAAGUGCCCUGAGGCGAAGGAAAGAUCUGCUGCAGGAGCUCAGGAUCCCACCUCAGCCUGCCACCAUCAUCCAGCAGCUGCCUCAGCCAUCCCCUGUGAUCACGCAGAUCCCCCCUGCCCAGCCCUUUGCAGCCCCCCACUCUGGAAGCAUUAAGGAAGAUAUGGUAGAGAUGAUGCUGAUGCAGAACGCUCAGAUGCACCAGAUCGUGAUGCAGAACAUGAUGCUGAAGGCUCUGCCGCCGGCGGCGUUCGCGCAGCGCACGGGACCCGGCUCUGCCCCACUCCAGCACACGCAGCAGGACCUGCAGCUUGCUGCUCCCCUGGCAGUGAAGGCAGAUCGUCCCAGGCCACCCGUGGUGCACCACCACCACCACUACCCUCCCUCAGGGGUGCUUCCAGUGCCUCCCAGGGGCUUCCCAUCCCCAUCCACAGCGCACCACUGGACCUGGACAUAGGCAGCUUGCUCUCUACCCAGCCUAGGUGGCCCACAUACUGACAGGAUGGGAUCCUCUGCAAGUGGACCAUAGCCUUUCUAAAAGUAAUAAAAUCCUGAUGUUCUUCCUUGA